CAUAUUAUGGUUACCUUAAAGAGACUUUCCUAAUAAAACAGAAAUGUACGAGUAUAGGACUUCCUUGGAUAUAAACUGAAACUAUAUCAUUUGUAAAUUACAUAUCAAAGUUGGUAUUAUGUUUAAAAAUGUAAGUAUCAAUAAAAACAAUAAACACCUGUGCCUCCUACGCAUAAGACGCCUGUAAUGGCAACUAGCACGAAAAGCUCCUUGGAUACCUGUGUUAUUAUUAUCGAUUCGUAAGAACAUCUCUCAUUUGCCCUUCUUUGAAGACGUAAUAUAAGCGUUAUAUUAUUUGAGUUAAAAGAAAGUUAAAUAAUUUUCACAAAGGAUGAGUAAAAUUAAUUCACCAAGUUCCAAUAAUAGCGCAACAUCAUCCGAAACAAGUGAAACACAAAGUGUUGAUGAUAAUUCUCCAGGAAACAAUACGAGAGUUGUAAAGAGCUGGAAACGAUUGAAGGAUGAUGGCGAUAAGAAAAGACCACCAUGGAAAUCUGUAAGUGUUUCAACACUUCCUAAAGCCGAUAAAAAUGCCCUACUACGGGCAAAAUUAUUAGACGCUUCAAGACGCCUUCGAUUAUCAAAACUAUCCAUUGCAAUCCAAGUUGAUUUGCCAAUAUACAAACCAAGUCGUACGAUUGGAAUUCCUGUUCAAAGUGAUCUAAUUCCUAAGCGUGAUGUCAGUAUCUUAACUGAUGGAUCAAUUACAAUCAAAAAAGAAGGACCUGGUGAAUUUAUUCUUACCCAUUCGGCAUCACAAAUGACUGAGGCUAUAGUUGGUGUCGACAUUGGAACACAAACUCUCUUACCUCGAUUAGGAACUAGAUUUUUGGAAACCUAUCUAUCGAAUAAACCACAACAUAAAGAUUCUUCCCUUUCACCAAGUGAACAAAAACUUUACGAUCAAAUAUGUGAGAUACGUAAAAUUGGCGAAAAUGGUCGCGGCCGCCGAAGAUCAAAAAGUGCAGAUGAUAUGUCUGAUGAUUCCAUAUCAGGAAACGGUGAUAAAACAUCACUAAUCGAACAUUUCAAGAAAAUCUCAAAAUCUUCUGGUACGCUUUUGAAGCCAACUUUGUCGAGUUGGCACUUUGAGUAUCCUGUUGAUGAAGAGCCCCAAUGGAAACCAUAUACCACUAAGGCAAUGCCGUGGAGUAGUUUUUCCAAUACCGAAAUAGAAGACAGACUCGCAAACAUGAAAUUGCAACCGAAUUUUGAAAAACAAAAAUCACCUUGCGCUGAUAUUCAAGAAGUUGCAUUAAAUUCUGAUCUUUUUAAUGCUGUACAAGAACUUGUUGAUGAAUCCAAUUAUUUGGUGGAUACAUUUAAUCGUUUGUCAUCUUUGGUCCCAAUUAAAGAAGACCUAACCAGCUUAAAACCAGAAAAUAUUGAGAUUUUUAAGAUCGAAUGUCUGUCAGACUAUUGGGUUCCAAUAAUUGAAAAAUCUGAAGCUCGAGCUAAAAAGCUAGCAAGUGAACUUAAACAUCCAAAGUUACAAAAACCAAAACCAGUUUCAAUGGCUGAUUAUGACAGAGUUAUGAAUCCCAAGUCUGUCGUCUAAUCCUUCUUCUUCCAGGUGGUGAUAAGUAAAUAAAAUAAUAAAACACUUGGAAUAUUAUGAAUAAUGUGACUUAUAACAAAAUAUAAUAUAAAUAAUUUAUGUAAAUACAAAAUAACUUAAAAUCUAA